ACUCCUCGGGAUACCUCGAGCCCCCGGCCGCAGGUGCUUCUGGUGUUGAGCGCCUCUGGCACCUGCCCUGGCCCGGCCCCAGCCCCGGCCCCGGCCCCGGCCCCACGCAGGCCUGCUCUUCCGGCAUUUAAGGCGCAUAGCCCGCGCGGCUGCAGCUGCGGCUGGUUGAGACUCACAACCGGCGGGACGCACGAAGCAGGAUGGGCUGCAGGCACAGCCGAACCAGCCGCAGCAAGCGCGCGGAAAAGGUGGAAGAGACACAGACAGAACUCCUGGAGACACUGCGCGAAGAGGGAAGGAUCCUGGAAGGAAGGCAUGAGGAGGCUGGUCCAGCCCUACAGACAUCGUGUGCACGGGAGAAAGACACUUCUAGUGUCUCCAUCCAAGAGGCCAAAGCCCCAUUGCAGAACUCCUAUGCAAUGCCAGCCUCAUCACAGGAGGCCAUCCAGGCCCAGAUGAAUGCGGUGGAAGGGUCCAUCCUUAGCCGACUCUAUAAGAAACACAUGCAGGAUUAUGGGAGCCCUGGCCUGUUCUGGGAGCAAGAGCUGGAGAGUUUGCACCAUGUUAUUGAAAUGAAGAAUGAGCGAAUUCACGAGCUGGAGAAGCAGCUCCUCCUCCUGGAGAUGCUGAAAGAAAAGAACCUGAUAUUAGCCCUGAAAAACACCACCCUGCGGCAGGAGGUUGAGGACCUACAGUUCCAAGCUGGGAACAGAUUGACCAUAUCAAGGCAGUUCCAGAAAGAUCUACUUCAAGAUCUGGAGAAGGAGUCUCAGAAUGGCCACUGCUGUAGCAGACGGAGAAGCCACUGAACUAUCUGAGUCCGGGGGGGCCUGUUCCUCCUCCUCCAUCUUACCCUGCCCUCUGCUGCACCUCAGAGGCCUCUGUCCUCAUGGUAUAGACACAGGGCCUAGACCCACCAUGGCUCCCAGACUCACCACUGCCCCCAAAGUCUGUGGAGAAGAGGGCAAGCCUCUGCUCUUCUCCCAGGAUGGACCAGGUGGGCAGGAGGAGAUACAUGUAUAUAGGCAACAACACUGAUGGCAGAGGUUGGGCUGCCAGAAUCGCCCAAGAAGUGCCUUCCCUUAGCUGGCCCAGGGAACAAGCAAAUAGAGUCGUCGCCGUGCCCCUGCGCCCCCCCCCCACUCACCCACUCCGUCCUCAUGAGGGCAUUCAAGACUUCUCUCAUGGCAGCUGGCCCCAUUUUUGAUCAUCUGACAAAGAGGGGAUAGCACCCCCUGCCAGAUCAUCAGCUUUGCUGACAACUCACCAACCCAUCAAGUUCUUAUUAUCACACCCAUUAAUUCUUCCUCAGAGAAAAAGUGCAAAAGACACAAUCCAAGAAGAAGGAAUACAGGACUGUUUCUGCUGAGAUGGGGGUCUCACCAUGUAGCCUAACCUUGAACUCAAAGCCACCCUGCCCCAGCCUCCUGAGUGCUGGAGACAUGGGCGCGUGCCACCACAUCCAGCCAGAUAAACAGUUGAAUUUGCUGUAGUGCUAAGCAGUGUAAAUAUUUUAAAGCAUAUUUAUCUAAGGUCUUAAUGUGAAAAUUAAAUCUUUUUGUUAAAAAUAAAACUAUAUUUUCAUGUUCUUUUCA